UCUAAGCAGCUUGUAAGAUUUCCAGGAGUACUACUCUUUUGUGUGGAAAACAGAGAGGCCAUGAUCAUCACUUGCAUGGGUCCGAUUCUCUAUGACGCUGCAGCAAAAGGCAACAUCAUGGCUUUCAAAGAUGAUAGCUUCAAACGGCCACUAGAAGCCUUAUUAACACCAAACAAAAACACAGUCCUCCAUAUUUUCAUCACAACCCUAAAAAAUGGGAUAGAAUCAACAGAAAAUAACUUCGUGGGAGAUAUACUCAACAUGUGUCCUUCACUUUUAUGUCAAGUCAAUGUCAAAGAUGAAACUCCAUUACAUGUCGCAGCAAGGUAUGGGCAUACUAAUAUUGUUGAAGUUCUUAUUGAACAUGCGAAACAUCCACACCAUCAAGAUCUUGGAAGCAGGGCAGAUGCAGUCAGGAAGAUGCUUAGGAUGGUGAACAAAGAGAAAGACACAGCCUUACAUGAGGCUGUACGUUAUAAUCACCUUCAAGUGGUAAAACUUUUAAUCAAUGACGACCCAGGUUUUUCAUAUUCUGUUAAUGAUGCCGGGGAGACUCCACUCUACAUUGCCGUAGAGAGAAACUAUAAAAAUCUGGUGUUGGAAAUUUUGAACACCUGCAAUUCACCUGCUUAUGAUGGCCCCGACGGUAGAACGGCUUUGCAUGCUGCAGUUUUUUGGGAUAACAAAGAUUGUUGCGAAUUGGUUGACAACAGAGGCUGGAAUGCGUUGCACUUUACGGUGGAGGGCAAUUGGCCAGAUUCUGCAAUGGAAUUGAUCAUUAAAAAUUCGUCUCUCAGCAAUCUUUUGAACGAGAAGGAUGCUGAAGGGAACACUCCUCUCCAUUACCAAUAUUCCCGCUGUUUCGAGUACGGGAAGAAGGAUCUCAUGGAUCACCCCAGAGUAGAUAAGAUGGCCUUCAACAAAAAGAACCUCAAUGCUUAUCAAGUCGCUUUAAUUAGUGAAAAGUUAUCGACAAAAAAGAAGAAGGAGAUUGAGACUAAAUCUCGGUCUCAUUCAAGACGGAUAUUCAUCAAGGACGAAGUAGACGAAAUCAGUGAGGAUAAGUUUAAGGACAUUGAGAAAAAGUCGCAGGCAAGGAUGAAAGAGUAUUUGGAGAAAGCAGCUGAAGCACACUUGGUAGUGGCUUCACUCAUCACAACCGUGACCUUUGCAGCAGCGAUAACCAUGCCUGGUGGUUUUGUUGGUACUGGAGGUGACCCACAUGAUCAUGAAGGCUCUGCAGUUUUGAGGAGAAAUGCUGCUUUUAAAGUGUUCAUUAUCAGGGAUGCCAUAUCAUUGGUGCUAUCUAGUUCUGCUGUUGUUACCCAUUUACUCAUGCCACUUUUGUUAAUCAAGUAUUAUCGAUCUGAUGAAACUCGCUAUGCUUUUCUCAGACUGGCCUUCCGGUUUAUUUUAAUGGCCAUGGGAGCAAUGGUGCUGGCAUUUGUCACGGGUGCGUAUGCUGUGUUAGCGCAUUACUUAGAUCUUGCCGUCACCACUUAUAUUAUUGGUUCAUGCUUCUUUCUCAUCCUCUCUUUGAUAUUUGGAAUGUAUGGGAAGGUGGGGUGA